AAUAUAUAUAGGUGGGUAAACACAAUCAAGUUGGUAAUUCAAGUACCCUGUCUCCAAACUGUUAAUUUCUCAGUAACAUUGACAUUGAUUAAUAGAGAGAUUGGAGUGACUACUGAGAAAACACGGAAAGAUCCGAAAAGGAGUGAAGUGAUUGAGGUUGGGUUGUUGGAGUUUAAUCGAAGCAAAGGGGUGAUUGCUUGCCAAAUCUGGGCUUUUGAAAAUGCCCUCUCAACGCUCACUGUUUCUGAUUUGUAUUUUAUCUCUUUUAUCACUCGCUCACUCCAAAACUCUCAAGAGAGAUGUUAAAGCUUUAAAUGAGAUUAAAGCAUCGCUUGGAUGGAGAGUGGUGUAUGCUUGGGUUGGAGAUGAUCCCUGCGGCGAUGGCGAUCUGCCACCGUGGUCUGGUGUCACUUGCUCCACUCAGGGAGAUUACAGGGUUGUCACUGAGUUGGAAGUUUAUGCAGUAUCAAUUGUUGGGCCUUUCCCAAUUGCUGUUACCAAUUUGUUGGAGUUAACAAGACUGGAUCUCCACAACAACAAACUUACGGGGCCAAUUCCUCCUCAAAUUGGACGGCUGAAACGUCUGAGGAUACUGUAUGUUUCUUUAUUCUUGUGUAAAUUGCUAAGCAUGUGGUUGUUGUUGGUUCUCUAACUUAAUUACUUUCUAUUAUCAGUAUU